AUGGCCGACCCCCUAAGUUUACUCCGACAGUAUAACAUCAACAAGAAGGAAAUCAUCGAAAGGGAUAAUCAAAUAAUCUUCGGCGAGUUUUCAUGGCCCAAAAAUGUCAACACCAAUUAUUUGGUUUAUGGAUCAGGCAAGGAUGGUGCUAGCAAAGAAUUCUAUACGCUAGAGUGUUUACUGUUUCUGCUGAAAAAUGUAUCUCUUUCUCAUCCUGUUUAUGUGCGGCAGGCAGCUGCUGACAAUGUUCCUGGUGUACGUCUGCCAGAUAGGAAAGAUCUCCUUGCCUACCUCAAUGGCAAAACCAAUACCAGCAACAGUAUUGACAAAAGUGCUCCUAUGGAGAUUCCCACACAGGUGAAGAGGCCAGGUACUGAUGAUCUUCACCCAGAAAAUGCCAUCAAAAAACCCCGUCUGGAAGAUACCCUUCAAGUGCAGUUAGUCAAACAGCAACUUGCUGCUCGAUUGGAUGCCCCCAAGGAGGCUUCUGUCACAGUCGACAAUAUUAAGUCGUUGUCAGAAGCUAUGUCAGUGGAAAAAAUUGCUGCCAUCAAAGCAAAACGUUUAGCGAAAAAACGUACCACAAUUAAAGGUCAUGAUGAUAUUGGACUCGGGCCGGAUCUUAAAGUAAUGUUAGAUUUCGAUGUUGAUGUAACAAAAGAUAUUAUUUCUCGAGAAAGACAGUGGCGGACCAGGACAACAAUACUUCAGAGCACUGGGAAGAUGUUUGCCAAGAAUAUAUUAGCGAUACUUCAGUCAGUCAAAGCUAGGGAAGAAGGAAGACACAGGCCUCCUCAGCCAACCCCUGUACAUAUGACACCACGUAUGCCUCCAGCAAAGCCAGCUGUACCUCAGCCCGUUGUUUACAGUCGUUACGACCAGGAAAGAUUUAUUAGGCAAAAAGAAGAAACGGAAGGUUUCAAAAUUGAUACCACUGGAACAUACCACGGUAUGACCCUAAAAUCCGUGACUGAAGGAAAUCAGCCAAAAAAACCAGCCGUUCCCUCUCCGUCCACACCUCAACCAUCUUUACCAUUAACGCAGAAUCGAAUGGGUUCCGCAGGACAGGUGAACAAGAGAGUCUCCAAAACACCAAUCAUUAUUAUUCCGUCAGCAACUACCUCUUUAAUAUCCAUGUACAAUGCUAGAGAUAUUCUACAAGAACUCAAGUUUGUUACAACAGAGGAGAAGAAAGCACAAGGAGCUAGAAGAGAAAACGAAGUUUUGUUACAACGUAGGAAAGAAUCAUUUACAGUCCCUUACCGAGUCAUAGACAAUCCUCAGAAACUAACAAAUGCGGAUUGGGAUCGUGUUGUUGCUGUUUUUGUUAUGGGACCCACUUGGCAGUUCAAAGGCUGGCCAUGGGAUGGUAACCCUAUUGAAAUAUUUGCAAAAAUUUGUGCAUUUCAUCUGAAGUAUGACGAAAUGAAAUUAGACGCCAAUGUAGCCAAAUGGGCUGUUAGUGUAAUUCAACUUUCUCGCACGAAGCGGCAUCUUGAUAGAGCAGCGUUGAUGGUUUUCUGGGAAAAACUAGACAGGCAUAUGCUGAAAUUCAAGCAACAUCUACGUUUCUAAACAAAGCACGUGUGAAGUUUUCCCUCUUGAGUAUUAUAACAUUUUACUCCAUAGGAUAGUGGCAGCUCUUUCAAAGAGCUUUUCAGUGUUCUCUGUAUACUUUGCUCAUCACCUUGUGUAAUAGCAUAGAUCGUGCAUUAUUAAUUGUGAGAAAUCAAGUUCUCUUCAAUAAUUAAAUUAUUCUGUUCAAGCAUGAAUUCAUCCAGUUGUCAAGAAUCCUUGGUUCAAGUGGAUGCUGACUGGUCCUAAAAAUCAACUUCAGUGCAUUCUGAAUCGGAGUUUAUGGCUCUCGAGCAAUUUCUCUAGCUGUAUGUGUUUUUACCUGUAAAACAAAUGGGAAAAUUGCCUCUCAUAAAAUUCUGAAAUUAUACCCUGUAACUUCUCAACAUUUUAUACAUGCAUCUUAGUUCUUUUUAGAAAUUGAAUUAUUUUUUCAGGACAUUUUUACAAAUUUUAUAAUUGAAGAGUAUUAUUCAAAGAGGUCCUUUCUGUUUACCAUCUGUCAAACUGUUAUUUUAAAUGUAAUGUAUCCGCGAAUUAAUUUCAAGACCAACAGACUAAAUGGAAGGAAAGGUUAUUGUAAAUUGGAGACUUAUCAAUCAUGGACUGAGUACCAAAAAAUUGUUAAUCGAGUUAGAUAAUAGAAGCAGCAUUCCCUUCCAAGUACCAAGGACAACAUGCUGCACAAUGAGCUAAGUGGCACCAACAGUAUAGUAGUGCGUUGAACUUCUGAAAGAUUGCAUUAGGGGUAUGUUCCGCAGCAGUUUUCAGAAAUUAAAGUGUGAACAACUAAAAUCAAUCAUCCAACAUUAUUUUGGCACUCAGCCUGUUAUUGACGAUAAGUAUUCAAUUGGAGGCUCACCCUUUGUUGUUUCUUUAAAAGUUAGUCGAAAUCUCAAUUGGAUGUCAUUUUGCAAAAAGGAUUUAGAAUAUCUAACCCAUCCAUUGAAGAACCUGUGCGCACAGAGAAACUAAUGGCACAUACAUUGUUUCCGAAAUGAGCCAAAAAUUGUAGUUUCUUAUCUCAAAAUGUGGUCCAAUUAAAAUCUAAUUUCAAUAAGAUUGCAUUUUUAAGUAUUCGGAAUAAGCGAGUAAUGUUUGUAGUAGAUGGAAACUGGCAUGAGUUAAAGCAAGAACUUUAUUGAAAAACUCGGCAGAAAUUUCUGGGAGGUAUUUUCUCUUAACAUGGUUCAUCUUUUCACGGGCAAAUUUGGCGCACAAUGAAGAAUAUUGAUAAAGUAAUGUGUAGCACCUAGUUAUCCCCUGGCACUUGGAUGUUGAUAGAGUCUCUCUUCCUGCACUUCUGACUGUAUUGCUAUCUUUGCAAGAGCUGUGUCGCCUGGCCAAUUAGUCUUAACUUGUGAUAGGCUCAGUUCCAAGUUUCAUGAAGUCAUAAAAUCUUCUCCGUGGAGAAUCCCCUCUCUGUCCAUUUUACCCUGUCUAGGUCAGGACUGUCAAGUUUGCGUUACCGUGGUAUUAAACCUUUGGUUCAGAUCCUAAUUUACUUAUGAAAAAUUAAGGGGAAAGAUGAAUGUGACUCUUUUCAGUUUCGAGUUUUAAUUUUAUUUUUUUCUUUUUUGUCUUGACAACAUUAGGCUUACAAGAUAGGCAUGCUUGCUACUUGCAAGAUGCGAAAGGAGCAGAUACUCUAACUUACUGUACGCUUAAAAUUUAGUGAGUAAACAGUAAUAGAUCUACUUGAACCCAUCUUUUUAUAAAUAUCCUCAUAAUUCAGGGUAUGAUUCCGUCAAAAGAAAACUUGACUCGAUAAUAAAAACUUACCUGUAUGCUGCUGUAGGAUUAUAAAUUCUACUUAAAAAAAAAUGAUUUGGCUAAUCUACUGGCUAUCAACAUAAUCAUAUGUAGACAGUUAUUGAUUUAUUGUGCGGAGAAGGACUCUUAAAAGUGACGCUUUUCCUCGUUCCGCAGCACUAUGCUCCACAUUCUCAUUCCUCAAGCAAGUCCUAGCACUCGCACCCAGUUUUGAGAUCGGUCAUUAGAAUUUACUCUCCCCCUCUGCCCCAAUCUAUUCUCUGGUUCAUCUUGUCAUUAAAGUUAUAGUAUCAAUUUCCGUUUUUGAUUUGUGACAUGAAUCGCAGUCAUCAAUUUUGACCCAGGAUCAGAAAUUUAUUGUAAGCUUAUAAUAGCAAAAUUAAAUGGCUGAUGAAAAGUGAAGUUUUAUUCUAAUUUAUUGUGAGUAUAAUUAAACUUAAAUAACGCUUGUGAAAAUCACGUUUCACUUAUGGCUCUUGUAUAUAUAGUAAAUCAUGUUGUAAAAUAUAGAUUGUGUUAUUUUACCCAAAAA